AUGUUCCCUGUUGAAGGCAUCCUUGACAGCCUUCGGUAUUUCCUCGCGGUCGCACUUGUGCGGCGUGCACCACACGUGAGCUACCUCUGCGCUGGAGAUUGUCACCAAUGUCGUGAGUUGGUGGGUCUGGUUGGCCCACCUGAUAGACCAUUUAGGGCAUCCUCUGUCGACACAGUGCCGAAUUUCAACACCUCAACCAUUGCUAUUAGAGUGGCAAUGAUCUACAAACAAUACGAAAACGGUGUUAAGUGGGGUCAUGAUUUAGGAUUACGCCUGUUAAGCACUCACCAUGUUACUGUGGAGCUGGAGGGUCCGGCUAGAAAUCUAAUCACACCAACGAAAACAAUGGCGUACUCAUUUGUCAUUAAAUUCAAUAAGAAUGUAGGAGUCAUUGCUGGGUAG